GAUCGGCACGGUGACCUACGCCACCGGCCUCGCUUUCGGUGCGGACACUGCGGCGCCGUGGAUUUUGAGCACCUGCCCCGUGCCGCCCAACCACGCCGUGGCGGUGGCCUUACAGGGCCGGGUGCUGGAGGCUCAGGUGGUGGCCAACGUCACGGUGGAACGAUCCACUGAGGCUUUCAGCAGCUUAGCUUCACGCGGUUGGCGUUGUGGCAGCGGAGGGUCCUUUCUGGAGCCUUCCAUGAGCUGUAGGUUGCAGCUGCUGCUCCUUCGGCCCAAGCUUCGUCUGGAGGGCUUGGAGACGCGCCAGGCCCAAGGCCAUUCCGGGACCCUGCGCGUCUCCUUCCGCGACUGCUGUGCUUCAUGGAUCGGUCAACGGGUGGCGCUGCAUGCUGCGCCCUUCGGUGCCCGGGUGGAUGCACCGGGGGCGACCACCUGGGCACGCUUCGCGCGCGUGGUGAUGCAAGGCGUCGUUUCCAACCUCUCCUGCCCUCCGGGGCUUCUCAUGAGCGACGUCCAUGCGGCUGAGAGCUGUGCCGGAGCUGCCGUGGUGCUGCAGAGCAGCAACGAGGUCAUAGCUUUGAUGGCCCCCUCCCUCCGAAGCUCUUCAGGAGAAUCCGUGGCGCUGAGUCUGGCCAUUCCCAUGUCGAUGAUCUUGGAUACCUUGCUGGACAACGAUGCCUGUCGAGAAGAGCUGAAGGAAGAACUAGCUGCGCUGCCCGUGCCCUGCGCGUUUGAAGCCUCCCCACCUUGUGAGGUGAGACAAGGGGUGGCCCUGCUGUGGCUGGACAGCGGCAGUUGGGCCAGUGCCAUUGUCCUCAGCGAGCAGGGGCACCUUUUGACUUGUGCCCAUUUGCUGACUUCUGUGUCGUGGAUGGAGGGGCAGCAAGUGUCUGGCCACUCCACAGCACGGCAGUGCAGGGGCAGAUGCUACCUGUCACAGGAGGGAAAAAUUGUGUCAACGACCUUUGAAGCUGAUGUGCUGCAAAUCUUCGAGGGAUGUUUGGACGCAGCUUUGCUCCUGGCGCGACCCAUGAGGCAUGGUGUGCCCCCUUUGUUCAACCCCUCGCUCUGGCAGCGGCGUGCUACGGCCGAGGAGCUGGUCCAAGGCAUUGAGGUCUCCGCAGUGGGCUAUGGCCUCUUUGGUCCUGGUUGUCCUUGGCAGGGCCCUGCCGUGACCACUGGCCAGCUUUGCAAGAUCGCCUACAGCUGCCGUCUGGACGGCGGCCGCCGCGCGGCGGUGCUUCAGAGCAGUGCGGCGGUGCAUCGCGGGUGCAGCGGUGGGGCGUUGGUGGCGCAGGGAAGGUUGCUUGGCAUGGUCACCACCAAUGUGAAGCAACAGGAUGGAUCUGUGAUGCCACACGUGAACUUCAUUUUGCCGGUGACACUGUUGACUCCGAUCUGUACAUAUCUAGAGAACCUGAAGGUUCUCCCUGCAGAGCAGGCGUUAAAGAGAUUGACGGAGGAGCUGCGCUUCUCUGCGGCCAACGAGGAGGAGCAAGGCCUCUGGCGCCUGGAGACUGAAACCUUGGAACUCCCGAGCCGUGCCUCGGGCUUCGACAGAUGGAGAUCACAUGAAAACUACCAUGGCUUGGGAAAAGCCAUACAAUUUCAGAGAUUUUUUUUUUUGAGGACUUCUCCUUUUUCUUGUUUUUGUUUUGGUCUCUCCGUUUGUUAA